AUGAAGUCCUCUUUCGCUACCGCCGCCGCGCUUCUCGCCGGUGCUGCUACCGCUGCUCACGAGGAGGGUACCUUUGCCGUCUUGCGCUUCACCAACGAUAAGCUCACCAGAGGUCGCAUGGACCCUAUCCUCUUCCCUGGCCAGACCGCCACUCACGUCCAUCACAUCAUGGGCGGAAGUGGCUUCAGCACAAGUGCGACUGGAGAGGAUCUCGUCAAGUCAAAGUGCAGCAAUGCGCUCAUCAAGGGUGACAACAGUAACUACUGGUUUCCCACCGUUUACUUUCAUGACCCCAAGUCCGGCGAGUUUGAAGAUGUUGAGUUCGACUACUUCAACGCCUACUACUUUUUCGAGAAGACACACGACGACAUCAAGCCUUUCCCCGUUGGUCUUCAGAUUGUUGCUGGUGAUGCCAUGACCCGCACCAUGCCCAAGGCUGGUGGCAAGCCCAACCUGGACCCUUCCAAGGGUCCUGUCAACCCCUCUAGAAUGACUUGCCCCCGCUUGAACAACGACUACACACUCCCAUCUUGGAACGCUGCUUCCGAUGGUACCGAGGCUGGAGUCGGCGACCCUAUCAACAAGGGCGAGGGUGUCGGCUUUCCUGACCGAACUUGUGACGGCAAAUACUCUCCUCUCCGAGCUGAUGUUCACUUCCCCUCUUGCUACAACCCCAAGGCUGGCCUUACCGACUUCAAGAACAACAUGGCCUACCCCGAGGACAACGACGGUUACCUGGACUGCCCCAAGGGCUGGAUUCACGUUCCCCACCUCUUCUACGAGGCUUACUGGCGCACUGACAAGUUCGCUGGCCGUUGGACUGAGGGUGAGGGCAAGCAGCCUUUUGUCUUCUCCAACGGUGAUGUCACUGGUUACAGCAGCCACGCUGACUUCAUGGCCGGCUGGGACGUAGACGUCCUUCAGCACAUUAUCGACACAUGUGACGCCGGUACCGCCGGUAUGGACAACUGCCCUGGCCUCCCCUACGGUCUGAACAAGGGUGACUGCACUAUCGAGUCUGAGGUCGACGAGAAGGUUGAGGGUACUUUGAGCAAGCUGCCCGGAAACAACCCUCUCAGUGGUUUCUCUUACGGUGAUAAGGUUCCCUCGCGCCCCUCGGCCGGUGGUGACAAGCCUUCUACUCCCAAGCCUUCCGCUUCUGAGCCUUCCGCUUCUAAGCCCGCCCCUGAGAAGACCACAGCUGCUGAGGCCCCCAGCUACACAAAGCCCACUUACUCUGCCCCUAGCAAGGAGGUUGGUGACAAGCCAACUGUCGUUUCUGAGGAGCCCCUCAUUCCCGAGCCUACUCUUCCUGCUGUUUCCGAGGCCGCUGCCGAGGCAACUGGAGCCCUCACCAGUGCCCCUAAGCCAACAGACAUCUUGAACAAGCCCAAGAAGUGCAAGACCAGAGUUCACACCGUCUGGAACACCGUCACUGUUACCCAGACAGCCAGCGUGCCUGCUCAGACUGAGGCCGCUGCCCCUGCCUACAAGAGGGAUCAUGUGCGACGACACGCACACCAGCACGGCAGUGGCCACAACCACUUCCGCCGCCGCAGCCACCACAACUAG